CGCGGCUGCGCAAUGAUGCGCCCGGGCCCGCGCGCCUGGCUGGCGGUUCUCGCGCGCUGGAGCUGGAGCCCGCGGGCCCUCGGCUUUGCCUGGACGCGGGGCGUCUGUGGGAAACUGAUGGCGGAAGCGCUCUCCGCGGGAGCGGAGGCCGGAGGCGGGCUGAGGACCGUCACUCAGCACAACGGAGUGGCGGGCUGCGACGCGGGGCCCCCGGAGCCGGCGGGUGAGGCGGCGGAGCCGGCCCGGGACUUUGACGAGCGAGCCCCGGCCCCGGCCCCGGCCCCGGCCCCGGCCGCCGACGCGGGCAAGCGCAAGAAGCGGCGGGGCGGUGCUGGGGAGCGCGUGGUGCCGCCCCCGAAGAAGCGGCGGACGGGGGUCAGCUUUGGCGACGAGCACUUCGCCGAGACCAGCUACUACUUCGAGGGCGGCCUGCGCAAGGUGCGGCCCUAUUACUUUGACUUCCGGACCUACUGUAAAGGCCGCUGGGUGGGCCGCAGCCUGCAGCACGUCUUCAGCACCGAGUUCCGAGCCCAGCCGCUGGCCUACUACGAAGCCGCGAUCCGGGCUGGCCGCCUGCACCUCAACGAGGAGCCGGUACGGGACCUGGACAUCGUGCUCAAGGACAAUGAUUUCUUGCGGAAUACAGUGCACAGGCAUGAGCCACCAGUCACGGCAGAGCCUAUUCGCCUGCUAGCUGAGAACGAAGAUGUGGUGGUUGUAGACAAGCCUUCCUCCAUUCCCGUUCACCCCUGUGGUCGCUUCCGACACAACACGGUUAUCUUCAUCCUAGGCAAGGAGCACCAGCUGAAGGAGCUGCACCCGCUGCACCGGCUCGAUCGCCUUACCUCAGGGGUGCUCAUGUUUGCAAAGACAGCUGUUGUCUCUGAGAGGAUUCAUGAGCAGGUUCGGGACCGGCAGCUGGAGAAGGAGUAUGUAUGCCGAGUGGAAGGAGAGUUUGCUGCGGAGGAGGUGAUCUGUCGGGAACCAAUCUUGGUGGUGUCCUACAAGGUGGGUGUGUGCCGUGUAGACCCCCGGGGCAAGCCCUGUGAGACCGUGUUCCAGAGACUGAGCUACAAUGGACACUCAAGUGUGGUUCGGUGCCGGCCCCUCACAGGCCGAACCCACCAGAUCCGCGUCCACCUCCAGUUCCUGGGCCACCCCAUUCUCAACGACCCCAUUUACAAUUCAUCUGCCUGGGGUCCUUCCCGAGGUCGGGGAGGCCUCGUUCCCAAGACUGAUGAGGAACUGCUGCGGGACCUAGUUGCAGAGCACCAGGCCAAACAGGGCCUGGAAGUGCUUGAUCUCUGUGAGGGUGACCUCUCUCCAGGACCCUCAGACUCCAUAGCCCCUUCCUCAGGGCUGGCCAAGGACACCUCGGAAAAGGUGGCUACAGCUGCCCAGAAGAUAGAUGGAGUCAUUGAGGCAGCCCCUGAGCAUCUGGACCCACCAGAGAGGGCAUCGGAAACAGAUGAUCUGAAUCAAGAGACAGACCCACUGUGUGCAGAGUGCCGGCUCGUGCGACAGGAUCCAUUGCCCCAAGAUCUUGUGAUGUUCCUGCACGCUCUCCGCUAUAAAGGGCCAGACUUUGAGUAUGUUUCACCCAUGCCUACCUGGGCACAGGAUGACUGGCGAGAAGACUGAGGAAUUGCUUCUUGGGUUGGGCCAGGGGCUUUGGGGCAGGAGCUGACUCUGGGCUCAUACUCAGGGUUUCUGUGCGAGUGAGGCUGGGCUCCAAAGAAGGCUCCUCAUACUUGCUACCUCCCUCCUUUUUCCUCCACUUAGAAUCUGGGUUUUUUUUUGCUUUGUAAAUAUAUCCCUUUUCUACUA